AUGAAUAAAAAAGUCAUUGAAGAAAUGAAAAUUAACGGAACAAUGAACAAGCUUCGGGCUUUAUUCCUUAAAGAAGUAUGCGAGGAGGCAAUUGAAUCAAAAAAUAAGAAAUUAACAAAUUUCAAAAAUACAAAUACUGAAGAAGCAUAUGAAAUUGCAGCUGAUUUGGUUAUGCAAUACCUAUGCUCAUUCGCUUUAAGUAUGACAUACGAAACAAUUGAAGUAGAAUCCAACAACACAAUUCAUUUCGAUUCACGAUCAAAUAAAAUAGAUGAAUUGGACUUCUCUGGAGAUGAAGUUGCUGAAAAUGCUCCAAUACAAGCUCUUAUGCAUUUCAUUCAGAAUCGAAAACCAAUCCAACCUCCAAAGCCAAAGGAGAAGAAGAAAACAAAACCAGAGAGUUCCAAAUCUCAACCAAAGAAUAAUACAAAGGCAAAGCACGCUAAAGUACCUCAGCCCAAAUUUUUGCCAAAGCCUCCACCUUUACAGAAUCCUGUUCAAACGAAGAAACCUUCACGAUUUACUGACGAAUCAACUACAGAGGAAAGCAUCAAUUUUAGUGAGCAAUUUCCUCAAAAUGCGUUGAGGGAUCCGAGACCAAUUCCUGGCAAUCUUAAACCAGGUGGUCCACCUCCUCAUAUGCGUAAGCACACGUCUUAUUCAGAGGAAAGUUCUUUAGAUUUAUCUGGAUAUUAA